AGACAUUGAAGUACGAGCGGAAAAAAAAAAAAAAAAACCCCUUGCCACCUCCUGUAGGAUGAGCCGCUGAGGAAUCUACCAUAGACAAAGUACCCUCCUCCUCCUCCUCCACUUUGCCCUAAUUUCGCUGCCUAUAAUUCCCGGCCGAAAAAGCAUUGCAUAUUACUAGUGAAGCUGUGUGUUUUUGUUAAGCCCAAACCGGUGUAUCAUGGUAGUGCAAACAUGCUAUUCCUCCCUUGGCACAGCCUUUGAAGCUGUGGAGCUUAGCUGAUUCCAUUUGUAUGCCUCUGUAGAAGAAGAAAACUAUUAGUGGGAAGUAGUGAAAUCUGUGAUAUUUCAUGGCUCGAGCUCCAUCAUCUAUUGUGAUUUUCUCUCGCCAAAGGCCUUGUAGAACCUGCCGAAACUUUAGUACCCAAAUCCGAAAACUUACUGUGGAACGUAAAGAAAUUGAAUUUAUCAGCGAAGGAAUUAAACCAAAUCAGAAUCAUGAACUCCCUCAGAGCGUGAACCAACAUUUCACUGAUGUGACUAAAGAAGUUGCUAAGAUAAUGAGAACAAAAUCCAACUGGGAGCAAACUCUUAUGUUGGAUUUUCCUUCCUUCAAUUUUACCGAUCCCCAGUUCUUUUGGCAGCUUUUGAAGCAACAAAACAAUGCUUUUCUCUCGCUAAGAUUCUUUCAUUGGCUGCAUUUGCAUUCCGAUUUUGUGCCUGACCAAGUUUCCUGCAGCGUGCUUUUUGAUUCGCUUUUGGAGGCUAAGGCUUGCAAUGCAGCAAAAUAUUUUCUUCAAGUUUCGAGUUUUACUCCCGAGCAGGGUUCUUUGGAGCGCUAUAUAUGUUGUCUUUGUGAUGGUGGAAUGGUGAAUGAUGCACUUGAUGUGUUUGUGAAGUUUAAAGACAUUGGAAUUUGCCCAUCAAUAGCGACAUGGAAUUCAGCUUUACUGGGUUGUCUUGUUGUCCAGAGGACUGAUCUUGUUUGGAAAUUAUAUCAUGAUAUGUUGGAAUCCAGGGUUGUGGCUGAUAUUGAGACUGUUGAAUAUCUUAUUCGAGCCUUUUGUUAUGAUGGUAAAUUUAUGAAGGGUUAUCAACUUCUAAGACAGGUUUUAGAAGAGGGGUUAGUCCCUAGAAAUAUUGCUUUCAAUGCAUUGAUAUCUGGGUUUUGUAAGCUGAGGAAUUUUGUGAGAGUGUCUGAGCUUCUUCACACAAUGAUUGCCAAGAAUUGUGCUCCUGAUAUUUAUACAUAUCAGGAAGUCAUCAAUGGACUUUGCAAGAAUAAAAUGUUGCUUAAUGCUUUAAGGAUUUUCAAUGAUCUUAAGAAUAGAGGUUAUUCCCCAGAUAGGGUCAUGUAUACAACAAUGAUUCACGGUCUUUGUGAGAUGGGAUGGAUUCGUAAUGCUCGAAAGCUUUGGUUUGAGAUGAUCAAUAAGGGCAUUCUUCCGAAUGAAUACACUUAUAAUUCACUGAUUCAUGGGACUUUUAAGAAUGGAGAAUUUAGAAAGGCUAGGAAACUGUAUGAUGAUAUGCGUGACAGAGGUUAUGGUGAAACCACUGCAAGUUACAACAUGAUGAUUACACAUUUAUGCUUAUGUGGAAGAACAAAUGAGGGUUUUGAAUUGUUUAAAGAAAUGGCGCAAAAGGGAAUUAUUAGAGAUGUGAUCUCAUAUAAUGCUGUUAUUAACGGCUUUUGCAAAAAAGGGAUGAUGGUUGAAGGUAAAAACCUGUUAAAUGAGCUACUGGCACACGGUAUACAGCCAUCAUCUUUAUCUUAUAUUCCCCUUAUUAAGAAGUUAUGUGAAUUGGGUGACAUGAAAGAAGCGAAACAAUUGUGGAAUGAUAUGCAAAACAAGGGUCUGAAGCCAAUGGCCUGUGACUAUGAUCAUUUCAUUUCCGCAUUGUGUGUACGAGAUCAUGUAAUGGACGGGAUGGAUUGGCUAGUUGUGAUGCUGAAGAAUAAACUCAGACCAAAGAAGAAAACUUUUGAGACAUUAAUUAAAUGUGUUUCUCAUUGUGGAAGGUUAGAUGUUAUGUCUAGGAUAGUUUAUUAUAUUAAAAUGGGCAUAUGCAAUUCUCUGGUCUGGAAAUUUGAUAUGAAGAAAAUGGGCUGGAGAAAUAAACGGCCUGAAAGCUUUUUCAAGGUGUACACUAGAAGACGUACCAGAAGUGUUGGGACUAAGAAAGAAGAGUUGGCAAAAGCUUCCAAAAGAAAAAGCUUGUUCAAAGUGUACACUAGAAGACGGACCAAAAGUACUGGGACUAAGAAAGAAGAGUUAGCAGAAGGUUCCAGAGGAAAAAGCUUGUUCGAGGCCUAAACUAGAAGACGGACCAAAAGUACUGGGACUAGGAAAGAAGGUUCCAGAAGAAAAGAUGCAAAAGAUUCUAGAAGAGGAGAGCCGUUAGAGGGUAUUGCGGCUACGCUGCUGAAGCAAAACAGAAUAACAUGUGAGAAGAAACUUAUAAAUAAGAAACAGAAGACGAAAGGGAGCAUGAAAUGUAUUGUUUUCUUUCUGACAUAAUUGGUAGGGCCAUAGACCUCUCCUCUGGAAGUUCUCUUGAUAGAGUGUUCUUGUGUUAGAAGGUUUGGGUUGCUUUAUUUAGUAUUGAAGAGAAGAGUAUGAGACUGCUGUAAUUACUGGAACUCCAUUUCUGGAGGACUAAUUCAAUGCAAUUCCAAAUUCUUCUUCUCAAUUAAACAGCUUACAGUUCCUAACCAUAUCAAGACUCUGCAAGGAUAAUACCCUUCGUCAUGAAACAUGCCUGGACAAGAUCCUGGAAAGAAAAUAAAUUGGGCGUUUUCAAGUUUUUGUUUGUAACACCUAUCAAGGAAUGAUAUGCAAUUUGCCAUUCCAUUGUCUCUUUAAAAUAUUUAAGAAAGUCUUCUCUGUGGAAUUAUUAUUAGUUGAAUUAAUGCCUGUUAUCAGCUACUUACUUGAGGGUUA